AUGGGCGCCGGCAUCGCCGGUUGCUGCCUCGCCAUAGGUCUUCUCCAGAACCCCUUGUUGGACGUCCAGGUUUACGAGGGAUAUUCCACCAUCCGGGUUCGUGGCUCUGGCCUCGCCCUCCACGGAAAUGCCAUCAGAGCCAUGGACCUGAUCUCACCCGAGAUCAAGAAAACCUACUUCGAAAAGUCCCAUUACAUGUCGAACGAAGAGGACAUCGAGAUGGUGACGCAGUUCAUACUCGCGAGUGGCGAGCACGCCGGUACAGUCGUGGCGGAGCUCGGUCGGGCGAAGGGCAGAAGGACCGUCCACCGUGCACAUUUCAUCCAGGGGCUGCUGGACGAUGCCAUACCCACGGAUCGCGCGCAUUUCAGCAAGCGGGUCGAGAGCAUCGCAGAGUGCUCGGGCGCGGGCUUGGUCCACGUGCGCUUCGAGGAUGGCUCCCGCGAGACCUUCGACGUCGUCUUUGGGGCCGAAGGCGUGUACAGCCCAACGAGGAGGUUCAUCGUCGGCCCCGGGCACCCGGCCGCGAACCCCGUGAACCAUGAUCAGUGGCGACAAUUUCAUGUCCUGGUACCUAUGGAAGAGGCCAAGAAGGUCGUACCGAAGGAAUCCAUUGAAACGGUCAGGUCUUUCUGCACGCCCGUCGGCUUUGUCAACGGCAUACCCGUCGAUCUGGGGAGGACCUACAGCAUUGGCUGCUACCAGCGAGACAACAAGUGCCGGGCAGAGGGGGCAGCGUUCGAUGCGGAGCUCUGGAAAGGAUACAUGCCAGAGGUGGACGGUCUCAUAUCAUUCCUCGAGGAGAAUCACACAGAAGACUGGCUGCUUCAGGAUCAUGACCACGCGCCUACUUACUACAGAGGACAUGUUGCCAUGGUUGGCGACGCGGCUCAUGCGACUUAUCCACAUGCCGGUAAUGGCGCAGCACAGGCCAUAGAGGACUGCUCCAUCCUCACGGGCGUGUUCUCUCGCUUGACGUCGGCUGCCGAGAUCGGGCCGGCACUGAAGGCUUUUGAUGAGGUCCGCAGACCACGAAGCCAAGCGGUCGUAGACAUCACGAGGCGGUUUGGCAGGCUUUACAGCCAAGACCCGGAGGAGAUUGACCUCGACUCGAUGAGGUCGGAGAUGAAGGAGGGCGGGACGUACACCAACGGGGUGGACAUGGACGCUCAGGGCGAGAGUAACGUCACUGGUCUCCUUCUCAGCAAAGGCGGUGCUCAGUGCGAUGUCUGGCCGUGA